AUGGCGCCAGGGACCGAGGGUAAUUCGGGAGACGAGCGCGCGGCGGAUACGACCGACGAUACUGUGCGCCAGCCCCCCACCCCCCGGAAGAAUCCUAUGGAGAACUUGCUAGGGCGUGGGCGUGCGUCGCCGCCGCCCGACGAGGUGCCGUUGAACGUGCCAGGCGACGGGCCCGACGUGCUCUCCUUCAAGCGACGCCGCAGCCGCGACCCGCUGGGGUCGGUGCGCCGCUGGCUGCACGGCGACCGCGCGACUAUUCUGGAAGGGCCAGGGCUGCGCCACCUGCGCAGCUCGGGCGCGCCAGAAGGCUGGGAGCACCCGGCACGGUACGUGAAUGCCUCGCAUGUCACCGUCCCGACUGUGCUGCCGACGCCCGAGUCGACACCGAUUCCCAUGCUGCCGUACACGGUGCUGUGUCUGCUCAUCUUUGGCGAGUUCUGUUCAGCAGGAGUCGCCGGUCCUUUUCUCUUUUUCAUGCUAAACGACUUUCAGGUCGGCGACGAGAGCCGCGUCGGAUUCUGGGCGGGCAUCCUCGCUGCGGUCUUCUUCUUUGCCCAGUUCCUCACAUCGCUGCUGUGGGCAUCGGCCGCAGAGAAGCACGGGCGCCGCUUGGUGCUCCAGGUGUCACUCGUGGGCAGCACCGUGUCGCUGCUCGCUUUUGGCUUCUCGCCCAACCUGGCCUUUGCGCUCCUCUUUCGCCUCGCACAGGGUUUCUUUAACGGCGCAGUAGGCGUCGCAAAGGGCGCCGUACGCGAUCUCACCGAUGAGACCAACGAGAGCCGUGCGUAUGCGCAGAUGGGCUUCUGCUGGGGCAUGGGCGGUAUCAUCGGGCCAAUCCUCGGUGGCUUGCUGGAGCACCCUGCGCAAAAGUACCCGUGGCUCUUUGGCCACUCGGUCUUGCUGCAAAAAUAUCCCUACGCGCUGCCAUGUGCGCUUGCGGCGUCGUCCACGGCGCUUGGUACAAUCCUCUCGCUCUUCCUCGAGCCGCACGCAGGCCCAUCCGGCGUGCGCCUGCCCGACGACGAUCCGCCCCACUCGGUCUUUGACGACGGGUGGCGCAGCCCGUCGGUCGCCGCGACGCCAGAUGACGAGCUCGACGAGGACGAGGCGAUGGGCCACAGCGAGGUCUCGGGGCCCACCGCGCCGUCGCACAUCAGCCGGGGACGCAUGCGCGAGAGCCAGUUCUCGCACAUGCGCAACCCGUCCAACUUCGGCACUGCGUACGGCCUAGACUCGAUGCGCACCGGCCCGUCGAGCGUGCGCAUGGCGCGCAACCGCUCCGACUCGGUCGGGCGCUCGUUCCGUCGGGCGCCGAGCAUGGCGAGCACGUCGCGUAUGUCCUUCUUCAAUCACGACGCGGAGCUGCCCGAGUCGCAGUACCGUGCGUCAAACAUGUCAAUGCUCGAGCGCUUCGUGCUUGCGAACGACGACGCGGUUCUCUCUAUCACCGAUCUCUGGGUCGCCGCGGCGACCAACAACGAAGAGGCACACCCCACGGCCGACUCGUCCAGUGAGCCCUUCCAUGAGGACGACGACGUGUCAGAGCACGACGAGCCAUACCACGAUACGCCGCCGCUCUUUGGCACGUCGUUUGCGGACCGCGAGGCGCCGCGGGCACAGCCCUAUCUGCCCCCUGCGCACUUUGCCAAGAUGCACCGCGGCCGCUCGCAAAUGUCGCGCAUGAGCAAGGUGCCGGAUCCCGUCGAGACGGCCGAGGUGCCCGAGAUGCCGACCUCGCUCUGGGUCCUAAUUCCGGUCGUGGUGAUUGCGCACUAUGCGACGCUCUCUUUCCACUCGUCCAUGUUUGACCAGAUCUUUUUGUCGUUCCUCGUGACACCGGAGCCCUCGGGUGGUCUCGGUCUGAACGCGGGGCACUAUGCGGCGCUGAUUGCGUCCAUGGCGCUGUGCCAGCUCCUGUUCCAGUUCCGUGUCUAUCCCAAUGUCGGGCCGCCAAACGGGCCGCUGUCGCACCUGUCGAUGCUGCAGUGGGGCCUCGUGCUGUACCUCCCGUGCUAUACACUCUUCCCCUUCCUGCGCACCUUCCUCUUGCCAAACACCGACGUGCUCGUCAUGUGUGCCAUGAUUGCCUUUGCGACGCUCCGUUGGCUUGCAAAUGUCGUGUCGUUCACGGCGAUCAUGGUGCUGCUCAAUGCGUGGACGCCGCCGCACCUCGUCCCGCUCGCCAACGGUCUCGCACAGACCGUGAGCUCGGCGGCGCGCUGUGUCGGGCCGAUCAUCGGCGGUAUGGUGUGGGCCCAGAGCAUCCAGGGCGGGCCCAAGGCCCACCCCUGGCCGCUGAACUUCCACCUCGGCUUCUGGGUCGUGGGCCUGGUCGCGUUUGCCGAAUGGUUCCAAGCGCGGUGGCUGCGUGACCGUAUAUAG